CGCAAUAGACCAACUCAUUCCCCGCAAUUCAUCGCCUCUUCCAUGGACAAAGACUAGGGAUAUAAGAAUAGCGAAGGGAUGGCGAUAACUGAUGGCGAAGAAAAACCGGUCAACAAUGACGAAACCGCGAUCCUUGUUGAAGCCGAUGUAAAGGGGAAGACGUUUCGCAAAAGGCGUUUGAGUCUUACGAAUUUGCGACAACUUGCCGAGGAGAGUGGCGACGACRAAAACUCUAGCAGUGAAACCCUUGAAGCUUCCGAAUCGGAGCUUCAACAAGAYGAACAGGAUAAGGCACAUAYAUUUCGAAAACGCCGUCUAUCGCUGACGCAAAAGGUAAACGAGGAAAUCGAUUCGCCUUGUCGUUCGAAACGACCUCGCUUAGCAGCAGAUGUUUCUGCCUCCGGUUUAGGUUCUGCUCUCAACCAAAAGAGCUUGGACACCAACCUGCAAUCCAAGAUCUUACAUGCAACUGAGAUAUUUUCGCCAGCAUCACCAAGUAAUGAAUCCUCUUUACCAAAAUUUUACCAGAAAUCUGCACGCCAUCAACUCCAAAGCGAAGAUGAAUACGACCAUAAAACACCGAAGUGGAAAAAACGCCACAUUCGAUCGCAUGCCGAAGAUGACAAGAGUCUCCCAUUCUCUCGAGACCUCGUUGGAACUUUUUCAUGCCAUGGUGUGGAACCCAUUUACGAAGAUGACGAAUUUUAUCGUUUCUUAGACGACGAAGACGGCAGUACCGACAACCCAAGCAGUUUCUCAAGGAAAAGAGCAACUGUAGCUGCAAAGAUAAACCAAGAUAGAGGUGGAGUGGCGUUUCCGUACGGAAAUUGUAGCAAAACUGCGCUUUUUUCUGUUUAUGAUGGUACGUCUACACAUACAACUCAUGGACGCACAAUCGGCGAUUGGCCAAUUGGAAUUUACUCAUGUACUCACACAAUAUUUUCUGGUGUUUUUAAAUCAAUGCCAAAGGUCAUGGUCAAGGUGGCGAAUUAGUAUCUCAAUAUUCCUUGCACGAAAUACAGCGUCUUCUCGAAAAACAUCCCGAUUUUAAUGGAAAUAUUGAAAAAGCCUUCAAAGAAACUUUUUUAAGAGUUGAUUCUUCACUCAAAGAAGAAUGUUUGAUUGAUCCAACGUAUGCUGGAUCAACUGCGUGUGUAGCUUUGCUGAGAGAUAAGACAUUGGUGUUGUCUAACGCUGGAGAUUCUCGUGCUGUUUUGGGGCGAAAAACCGAGCGCCAGAGAGAAAUUUGUUGGGAGGCGAUUGAUGUGACGGAAGAUCAGAACCCAGAUCUCCCCGCCGAACAAGAAAGAAUAGAAAGAAUGGGGGGAUAUGUCACCCCUGCUCCCGAACCUGGUGAGUGUGAUUUAAAUACGAAGUUGAUGGAGAACGAAACAWWCUCUUCAUUCUUAAUUCUAACUUUACGAGCUUUCUGUCCUAUUAUAUUUUAUCGUUAAAACCGACAGGAUUAUCUAGUCGGUAAGAUUAUUUCUUGAUCUUCCGUAAUGACUACGCAUACAAACCCCAAUGACACUCACUCAAUGCAACUUCUCAUUYUAUCCUACACCUUCCACUUGAAUUUUUGUCAACUACUGGUACGAUUAGAGUGUGGCUAGACAAAGAAUGCUCUCAAAUUGGAUUGGCCAUGGCGCGUUCGAUUGGAGAUCAUGCUGUGAAAUCUAUUGGGGUGAUUGCGGAGCCAGUUGUUUCUUUUCACAACGUUUGUGAAAACGACGAGUUUCUUAUCUUGGCAACAGAUGGUGUUUGGGAAUUUAUUUCAUCCUCGGAAAGCGUACAACUAGUAGCUGAACACCUGCACAAGGGGGCAACGAAGGCGUGUCAAAUCCUUAUCGAGACCGCCGCAGCAAAGUGGCACGACGAAGAAGGUGAUUACCGUGAUGAUAUUACAGCGUUGGUCAUUAGACUUCAGCACUUGUUAGAGCCGACCACAAACAAAUAGAUCGAUUUUAAAUUGUCAUCAACCCAAACACUAAAUUGCUUUUGCAUUACCUUGGUGACCUUUCCAGUACAAUUGAUAGCUGUAGCUUGAAACAAAGAUAGGUUUCAAAACCUUUGAGCAAGGGAGCGUGUAAUAGAAAGUGUUCGUAAACUGAACUGCGGUUGACGUUGUGGGCGCCUCCGUCUCYAUGUGAAAGACGGUUUUCAUUUGACUGUAUUUCAUUCACAUAGGAGAAAGUUUUUGUCGKAAAAACGACUCAAGUUAUUCAUGCUUUAAGUUCGUUUUCAACACGGUUAACACUUCACUUUGGCAAAUGCAGUAACGGAUGUAGUGUUUAUCUGAUUAACGUAGAGCUAAACGUUAGUGCUAUCUUCGACARUAAAAGUUCAAAGCUUUUGACAACAACAUUCAACACGCUCUUUCACGCCGUGACGUUUGUAUGUAACACAAAUUUACUCAGCUGUGUUUGGCUGACGGGUAAGAGCCAAAAUACGUUCCCAAGUUCUUCCGUGAGGGUUCAUAGAUCGAGGGGAAGUAGAAACUAACUCAGGAAUAGGUAGGAAAACCAUGCGAUUAUUACAGAGACCAACAGAGAAACCAGUAAAACCUGCCAUCGCUCCAUGAACGGCGUUCUGUCCUAACUGCAUGCAGUCUGAAUAAGACAAGGUAGGAGAUGUGAGAUAUGGCAAUUUUAGUUAGCAAAAUGGUCGCUCAUAUCGAAGAUUGAAUACUUACAGAGACUAUCUUGAGCAUUCGCAGGUACCGAGCGGACAGUAUAAGACGGAUCAAUAUAUUUUACGGUCGCUGUCGCGCCGUUUUCCUUAAAGUAUUCUUCCACCUGUUUUUUCAUAAAGUCUCCGAUUGGAGGAAGCUUCUUGUUUCCACCGGCAUCUGUUUCGGCUGAGGUUCCAAGAAGUUCUUCACCAGCACCUUCUGCGACAACAAUCACUGCAUAUCCUUGAUCUUUUACACGUCGCAUUAUAUGAGGGAGGCAUCCUUGCUCUCCUGUGAGAACAAUUGGGACCUCGGGCACUAGACACAAGUCGACAUCUCCGGAAGCCAUUGUAGCAUGUGCAGCAAUGAACCCUGCAGAACGUCCCAUCAACUUGACAAUACCGAUUCCGUUCGGCAUAUUGCAAAUGGCUUCAAUCUUCGCGGAUCGGAUCGCAACUUGCGCAGCUUCAACGGCACUUUCAAAACCAAAAGAACGAUCAAUGUAAUCAACAUCAUUAUCAAUG